AGAGGCAAUAGGACCGUACAUGCCGCUCAGUCUGCCCGCAGCUGCGGUGCAAAGGAACCCUACAUUUUUUGGAAAGCGCACCUCAGUAAACGGCAGCUGUAGUUUUACCAACCGACACAUCGAAUCGACAAGGAGCACACCAUCCACUGGCAACAUUUAUUUUAAAGGCGUCUGAGCAGGAAGAUCGUCGACGACAGGCAGACGGAAAAAGAAGGGCCGCAGGGUACGGGAAAGGAAGCUUGACGUUGCCGGGGGCCAGAAGAGGUCAGGUGGACACUGAACGAGGUUUGAGCGGUUCCUCUGUAGACGCCAUGGAUGAAGUCCGUUCGACGUUUUCCGCUGUUCUGAAGGAGAGCACCUUACAGGGACGGAUUUGAACACAGACGUACCUCAGAGAUGUUACCACUGUUCUGUUCUGACUGGGAACUCUGGAGACUCAUCGAAAUGAUUUAAUCCGGUCCUGAAUGAGAAUGACCGCUCAAAGCUUCAGUUCAGUUAUACCCGUGCUAAUAAUGAAGGCAAGUAUGUGAACUCAGUAUUUCCUUAGCGUGACAAUAAAACGGAUACAAGUCGUAAAUUUCGGAAUCAUGAUGCAGAAGGAUCUGACGUUUCACCUCGGGGGUACACUGGACAUAUGAUUUACGACACGUCUGCAGUCCAAAUGGUCCGAGAAUCGACUAACCGUGGAUACAGUUUGCACACGCUUUUUUUCCUUAUCCUCUCGGUUGAAUGGCUCCGAUAGCCCAGCAGUUUACCAAUUUCACCACCGCUGGCGCGGCCGCGCAGUGAAUGCCGGUUAGAGUCGGAAAGAAAAUCCGUCGGAGCUAACUGUGGUCCAGUUGGGAGGACCUGCAUCUAUAUUACGCUCUUCAAAAAUGGGGAAGUUACAAUAGUUUAAAAUGGGAUCUCUCCAUUUCAGCUACGUCACCUCACAGUUUGACAGCACUUUGAUCGCUCCGUCUGGGAGGGGCUCUACAGAUCGUUGUUCUCUUUUAUCGCCCCCGUUGGUCCGCCAAACCUGCUGUCAGUUGUGGUAGGUGAGUCGCAUUAUGCUAGUAACCCUCCACCCGGCUGGUUGUGAACACCAAGGUGUAAGAAGGAUCCCCUUUCCUGUCAACCAUUUUCUGAUUGUUGAUGAUUUUUCAAAGCUGUUUCCAGAAAUUCAAAUUCAUUCUUUAUAAUCUAUUUACAUUUGGGUAAACAUGCGAGUAUAAACAUUCAAAUGUCCCUACGUUCUUUCUGACUUGUCCCAACCUGGAUUGAAAUGGAAAUAUCUGCAUUGACCUGGUUUACCUGUUUAUCGACGAUUUAGACUAGUAUCAUGUUGGAAACCACGUUCGGGAGAGACUCGUAGGUCGGAAACCUUGGAAAUUCAAACUUCCGUCUCUGGAUUUGGGGCCGGAUGUCAGUUUGAGUGCCAGAGGAAGGACCCCAGCUACUUUUCGCACACCAAACCGUUUUCUUCGGUCCAUGUUGGACAGAGAGGGAUUUCUGUAAUGGCUUCUUCUGGGAUGGUGGGGACCUCGUUUCUACUGCUGCUUCUGGGGAUCUUACACCGCUGCAGCUGCGAGGGGUCAGCGACCCCGAGGACUAGCGACAAGGGGAAGGCCAAGGACGAGGGGUUGAUGUCCCACGAACGCGUCAAGAGGGGAUGGGUGUGGAACCAGUUUUUCGUGGUGGAAGAAUACACAGGCACGGAGCCUCUUUACGUUGGAAAGAUCCACUCGGACUCGGACGAAGGCGACGGCACCAUCAAGUACACCAUCUCCGGCGAGGGGGCGGGCACCAUCUUCAUCAUCGACGAGAUCACGGGCGACAUCCACGCCACGGAGAGGCUGGACCGCGAGGAGAAGACGUUCUACACGCUCCGCGCCCAGGCCCGGGACCGCCUCAGCGACCUGCCGCUGGAGCCCGAGUCCGAGUUCGUCAUCAAGGUGCAGGACAUCAACGACAGCGAGCCCAAGUUCCUGGAGGGGCCCUACAUCGGCAGCGUGGCCGAGCUGUCGCCCAUCGGCACGUCGGUUAUGAAAGUGACGGCGUCGGACGCGGAUGAUCCCACCUACGGCAGCAGUGCACGGGUGGUCUACAGUGUCCUGGAAGGGGAGAAGUUCUUUACUGUGGACAACCAGACUGGGGUGAUUCUGACGGCGGUGCCCGACCUGGACCGGGAAACUCAGGAUCGCUACGAGCUGGUCGUCAAGGCGACGGACAUGGCGGGCCAAAUGGGCGGUCUCUCCGGCUCCACCACUGUGACCAUCGUGAUCACGGACGUCAACGACAGCCCGCCUCGCUUUCCGCAGAAGAUGUACCAGUUCUCGGUUUCGGAGGGUGCCCCCGUGGGGACUCCGGUGGGCAGGGUGAUGGCCACGGACGCUGACAUGGGUGAGAACACGGACAUGAGCUACCUCAUCACGGACGAGGAGGGGGGGGAGCUGUUCCGCGUCACCACCGACGGGGACACACAGGAGGCUAUCAUCACCAUCCGAAAGCCCUUAGACUUCGAGAGCAAGCGCACCCACAACGUGGUGGUGGAGGCCGUCAACAAGCACGCCGACCCCCGCUUCGUGGACCUGGGCUCCUUCCGCGACCAGACCAUCGUGCGCGUCACCGUGACGGACUCGGACGAGCCGCCCGUGUUCCAGCCGGCGGAGGGGGCCGUGAUGGAGGUCCAGGAGGACGCCCGGCUCGGGGCGCUGGUGGGAAUCGUCACGGCGAUGGACCCGGACAUGGAGAACGCUCCCGUCAGGUACUCAAUCGAUCGAGGCACCGAUCAGGAGAAGAUCUUCAACAUCGACGCGGUCACCGGCACCAUCACCCUGGGGAAGAUCCUGGACAGAGAGACGGCUGGGUGGCACAACAUCACCGUGGCAGCGGUGGAAGCAGAUAACCCGUUGAUGGCCUCCCAGAGCUCGGUCAGCAUACGCAUCCUGGAUGUGAACGAUAACCCCCCUGAGCUCGCCACGCCCUACGAAGCCUCCAUCUGUGAGGACGCCAAGCCUGGUCAGCUCAUUCACACCAUCAGCGUGGUGGACCGGGACGAGCCGCAGUCCGGCCAUCGCUUCUACUUCACGCUGGCGCCCGAGGCGGCCAACAACCGCCACUUCACCCUGUGGGACGUGAAAGACAACACGGCGGGCAUUCGGACCCAGCGGACGGGCUUCAACAGGCAGGAGCAGAACGUGUACCUGCUGCCCAUCCUGGUGGUGGACAGCGGGCCCCCGGCCCUCAGCAGCACGGGCACCCUGACCAUCCACGUGUGUGGCUGCGACACCGAGGGGGCCAUCCAGUCCUGCAACGCCACGGCCUACGCCAUCUCCGCCUCGCUCAGCCCCGGGGCCCUCAUCGCACUGCUGGUGUGCAUACUGAUCCUCAUCGUCCUGGUGCUGCUGAUCCUCACUCUGAAGCGUCACCGCAAGGGCCAGCGGAUGACCGAGGACGAGGAGGACAUGCGCGACAACGUCAUCAAGUACAACGACGAGGGCGGCGGCGAGCAGGACACCCAGGCCUACGACAUGAGCGCCCUGCGGAACCUCUACGACUUCCCCGAGGUGAAGAGCGCCGAGGCGGGGCCCGAUCUGCGCACGCUCCCCCAGUGGAUCCAGAGCCACGCGGCCGGGGACGGGGGCGCCGCCGACUUCUCCCUCUUCAAGGGCUACAUCCGCAAGAAGGUGGAGCAGGCGGACGCCGACCUGUCGGUGCCGCCCUACGACUCCUUCCAGACCUACGCCUUCGAGGGCUCCAGCUCCCCCGCCCUGUCCCUCAGCUCCAUCCACACCCUCUCCACCACCUCCGAGCAGGACUUCUCCUACCUCAGCGACUGGGGGCCCCGCUUCCGGCAGCUGGCCGGCUUUUACUCGCUGGGGCCCCCCGAGGAGGAAGGCUCCUAGCGCCCUAAUCCUGACUUGUACGAGGGUCCCGGAAUUCUGUCCACCGACCCCCCCCAACAACCCACCUUCAUUGUUCUCCCCUGGGACUUUCCUCAAAAACCAAACUUUCCCAGUUUUCAUAUCCCCUUAUCGGACCAUUGACCUCUGACCCCUGACCUCUGACCCCUUGAGACUGACUACGAAUGGGCGGAGGUUGCGAGCUCUCAGGCACCCCCUCUUCCAUGACCUAAUCAAGUGAAGACUUUGGAGGAUGGGAGUGAAGGGGCAGCUUUUUUUGUCUGGGUUUUCUUUUGGGGUUGGAGAAAAGUUUGUUCACUCGACUGAUGGUUUUAUUUUCUUUUACAAGAACCGAAUAUCUGAAGAAAUUUAUAAGGAUUACCAAACCACACGAAAGAGAGAAAGGGAAUUUCCUAGCCAAGGCAAACUACCUGGAGCAAAUGUGUAUUUAUUCAAGAUAAAAGAUAUUUAUUUAUAUUUAUUUGUAUUUAUUUAUUUAUUCGUCGUGUUCAAGGUGUUGGAUUCAGCUGUGGACAUCUCUCACGAAAAAGAUCCUGAAAACGCAGGGAGUAAACGCCCUCUUCCUCACGGUGGGAGGCCCUGUCUUCUGCGUUCAGCGAUGGAAGUGCUCUGGUGAAGGAGGCCUUCAGAACGAACCGUCAAUAUAGUGCUGCUAUAGUCCCACAGACACUUCGCUCAAAUUUGUACAUUUAUUUUCUAAGAAAACUUUUGUAAUUUGGCAAAGACAAACUAAAGACGUUUAUGACAGGUGGGGUGGGGUGGGGGGGUAUCAUUUUUAAUGAGCCAGCCAAUUAUGAGCUUUCCGUUUUGUGAUGAUGUACACUUCUUCUGAUACGACUCUUUUACAAGGGAUUAUGAAAGUGGCACGCUGUGGACACUGUUUUAUUUGGUUUUACCCUUUCAGUCUCAUCUUUGAAAAAAAUGUAUUUGUUAAAUGGCAGCAAUAAGACAAAAAUACAGAAAAGAUGUAAGUUUCUGAUAUACCGAUGUUUGUUUCAUGGGGUCAGGUCCUUUUCAGCUGUUUCCAGAGUGAUUUCUGUUCAGUCACCGUUUGUAAAUGUGAGUGUGUCAAUGCGUUCUUCUGACUUCUUCUGAUUUUAUAAUUUUUUUAAUUGUAUUUUUUCAACCAUAAUUAAUUGGUUGCUUCUGUUACAAUUAGUCUAUGGUU